AUUUACUUUAAAUAAGAAAAUAGAACCAGCACUGUGCUUUGAAGUUAAUGAAUCAUUUAACAAGUCGGGGCACAACGAAACGAAAUGUUAAGAUAUUUAUUGAUCGUGUAUAUCAGACUAAUUUAAGAAACAGGCUUAGUAAAUUCAAUGGGUGUUUUCCGGUUUUCACAUUGAAGUGGAGUGCGAUUACGUUUUAUUACUGUACAGCAGUGGUGUCGAAUCACGAUCCUGGAGGGCUAUUCAACUCCAGGUUUAACAGCAGCUGGGGGUGUUUCCUGAUAACCGUGUGCCAGACACACUAAUUGAAUUCUUGGGGGAGGGUGUAAACAACGCGUUUCCGUGGGGACUGAAAUACGACUCUCUGGAAAUUUUGGCCAACACACAACUUCAGCACAAACACAUUCUGCAAGUGAAAGGCUACAGGACACAGAAAUGAUUGUGUGGUGUUCCGGACACCAGCCUCGCAGCAAUGCAACCAGAAACUGUAUUUUAAGUUACCCAGUGCAGGUACUGCGAAAGUAAGCUACUCGAUCUCCAACGUCACUUCCUGGGACAGAGACGAGUAGUGCAAUUUGAGCGGAUGAGAGGACUGCAGGAGCAGCGUUGCUCUACUUGUAUCUAAAGUAUAGGUCGGCUUUUGUUUAUUAAAGCAUGUAGUCGGUUCAAGUCGGACUUAACGGGAACAGGCCAGCUACUUGAGGAGGUGAAAGAUGAGCACAUGUCGCUGGUGCACCCCUGGUGGCUCUGAUGCCACGGACUUUCUGCGACAGUACGCUUCUGGGUCCCUUUUGUCAAAGGAGGAAAAAGCUGCCAAUGAAGACCUCUGCUUCUGCCUGGAGUGUGUGGUGGAGUAUCACAGAGCCAGAGAGGAGCUACCAUCCCUGCACAAGUGCCUGUGGAAGUUGGAGACUUCCCGACUGCUUGAUCACUUUGGAAAGUCAUUGAAAGAGGAGGUGGGGGAGGAGGAUGAUUUGUUUAUAGUGGAAGAUGACCAAGAGAUCCAAAUCCAUGGAAUCACAGGGCCUGAAUUUGAGAAUAAUCUACGGGUUCCACUGCUGGAGAUAUUGAAGUACCCCUAUUUGUUGGUACACUCCAAAAUCAGUGAGUUAUGUGUAGAGGCUCUUUGUAGGAUGGAAAAGUCCAGUUCCUUCCAGGUCUUUGAUAAACAUUCUGGGAUUUACCUCCUUCUAGUACACCCUGAUGAAACUGUGCGCAAAUGGGCGAUCCGCACUGCCAGGUCCCUGGGUAAGGUGGACCGGGAUGAUUUUUACGACCUUCAGGACGUGUUUUCCUGCAUGUUUAAGGUUAUUGAGCUGGACCUUUUUCUCAACUCCGAUAUAUACAGCUCCAGCGUCAUGGAAGAAGGCAAGCUGAUCCUGCUUCCACCUCACCUCUAUGACUCCACUAACUACAAGGAUUACUGGCUAGGUAUCUGCAUGCUUUUAACAGUAUUGGAUUCUCAGGCUAUGGACUCUUUGCUGCUUGGUCCUGACAAACAGAAUGAUCUCAUGCAUUCAAUUCUCAACACCAUGGAGAAGAGUGCACCAGAUGAGGGUUUAGAUCCUUUUUGGCCGGCAUUGCAGUGUUUUAUGGUGAUUUUGGAUCGGCUCGGCUCUAAAGUUUGGGGCCAACUGAUUGACCCAACUCAGGCAUUUCAGACAAUUAUUGGAAGCUGCAGUUACAACCAAGAGAUUGAAAAUAUGCGCAGAAACACAACUGGACCCAAAAUCAAGGUUGAACCAGACCAAGAUGAAAACAUGGUGACAUGUAGUCAAAUUGUCUAUGACUGUAACACCAAGAAACAAAACAAGGACACUGGUAGCAGAAGUGCCUUAAGUACUGAACAUUGCUCAAUCAUGUAUGAAGAAAUGCAAUCUCUAGUGACUGUGCUUCAGUCUGAUAUGGGGCAGGAAAUGCGCGUGCACAACAGCACUUUCUUAUGGUUUAUCCCAUUUGUACAGUCUGUGAUGGACCUCAAAGACCUUAGCAUUGUCUAUACUGGAGAAAUCAUUCACCACCUAUGUGCGGAAAUCAAGGAUCUUAUAAACGGACGGGUGCAACAGUGUGAUAAAGUAACAGAAUUUUUCAUCCUCAUUCUGGUUUUUGUCAUUGAACUCCACCGUAAUAAGAACUGCAUGAAUCUCUUGUGGUUCAGUUCACAGAAAUGGGUUGAGGUGUUGGUGAAAUGUGCCACACUUUCUAGUUGGACUUCUAGUCAUAGCUGUUCAACAAGAGUGUCUUCAACAACUUCCUCGUCCAUGCAUCCUCAAGUUACCAAUGUGGUUCCUCAAGCCUGUAUUCAGUUGAUACGUAGCCUCCUUAGGGAAGGAUGCCAGCUGAAUCCACAGAGCACCUGCAAGCAGUUUUUGGACAAGCUGAACUUGCAGUUACGCAAGGGUGUCAUGCCAGGAUGGGAUCUCAGUCACCUGGCGAUACAAGAUCUACAAGUUUGUCUGAGACAGCUUGUUAAAUUCAUGAAAGAUAAGAAACCGGCUUUGGAGACCGGCACAGGCAUCAGAGGAGAAAAGGUUGUAAUGAGUGAAGAAACUAGUAGACUAGUAGGAAUAGAAGAAGGAAAAGAGAGCAGAAGUCCUUUUGAAUGCAAGAGCGGACUAUCUCAUCCAGCAUUGUCUACAGGGGAGAAAGAUGGUGGGCCUUUGUGCUUUCAGAGUAACCUUAAUGUGAAGGAGGAAAGGCCUUGGGAUGAUGCAUAUUUUGCUAAGCCUUCUGGUACCAUUGAAGUUCAGGAUCGAGUUGAAGAUUCCAACAGAGAACCUAAAAUAGCACAAAUGCUGCAAAUAAAAAAAGAAAAGGACUUGUGUACUGAUGUGUGUGGAAUGGAUAGUAAUUCGGAUACCUGCUCUGUGAAAAGGGCCUCGGACAUAAAGGGUUCAGAAUCAAAGAUGGAACAAAAUAUUUCAAGUAAGCUUAAACCUGACCUGGGUCGGAUGCAGGAUCUGAAAUCCAGACUCGCAAAGGUGUUUAUACAUCCAUCCCUUAUUAAGAAGGAAAAAAAGGAUGGGUGUCCUGGAUCCAAAAAAAAAAUGUUCGGUCACAAUAUCUCUAAAGAAAAGCGAAUGGGCUUUUCACUAGAAACAACAGAAAAAAAAGAAAUGGAUGCUCCAGAAUGCUUAAAAAGCUUUCCUGUGAAAAUAAAGCAAGAAAAGACAGAAACUAACAAGCAGCUGUCCAUUGUUCGAUGUUUUGACACAGAAAGUGGUAGUGAUAACGAAGAUGAUGUCCCGCUCAUGGUUAUAAAGUCCAAUCUGGAGAAAAAGAGAAUGUUCUCCAAGGAGGUCAACCAAAACCCCUUGACCGAUUCGCAGGUUGAUAGAGAUCUGGGUUUGCUCUCUUUAACUGCCCUUUCAAAAAGUUUCAGUUUCCCUGUCGAUUCAAGUCAGGAAUCUUCAGUACGGCAACUGCCAGACAGAAUAGAAAGGAAAGUGAGGAGUAAUGUGAGAAAUAUCCAGAAAGCAGAGGAAGAGGAUGAUCUAAUUAUAUUGGAAAAUCCAGUAAUUAUAAUUUCUGAUUCGGAGUCUGCAAAGGAAGAUAAUGACCUACAUGUUGGCAAAAAUAAAGUACAGCAAAGUGCAAAGCCUGAGCCUUCUGAUGUCAAAAUUGCAGAGAAAGAUUUGGACAGAGGAAGUUCUCCACCUCUUUACAGUGAGUACGAUUCCCAGUUGUUUGAGUUUGAAACUGAAGACGAAGUGUUUUCUGCUUGGGAUGACUCUCAAAUGGACAAUGCACUGGCAUCUCCAGAAACUGAGCAAGAACGUGUUGAAAGCUCUAAAAAAAGGAAUUCCUCCCUUGAGAAGAGUCCAGAUCUGAAUGAUAUGUACAACGAUUGGGGGUAUGACACAGAUUAUGUCCCAGAUGACGUGAUAGAAAAAGCAGCAGAGCAUGCUGAAAAACAGCUAAUGAGGGAGCAGGAAUCUGUCCGUGUGGAGAACACAUGUGAGAUGAGCACGCCGGUGUUCUAUGGGGUUAAACGCAAGUCUUCAACGGAUAUUUCAUCAGACAUGGGCAGUAAGAGUGGGAGGCAACCUGAUGAAAAUGCCAUGCCAUCCACCUCAACCACUCCCUGCUUAACAUUAGCUCAAAAACUGGCCAAUAAAAGGGAAUCUUGUGGAAACAAAGUAACAUCAAAAAUAAGUAAUUUUUUUACAUCUCCGAAAGCCGCACAAAAUGAAAGAAAAGCAACAACUGCCGCAUCAUCAAGGUCAACUGCUGUGUCCUGCAAGACUACUUCUCCUGCUAUUGUUCCCCCCAGAAAAGUACGUCAGCGGGAAGAGCCCAAGUCUACUGCUGAGAAGCUUGGUCUGAAGAAGAAAGCGCGCAAAGCAUUUGAUCUGUCGCAGAGAUCAUUAGACUGCGUGGCUGAGCUGCGGAACUACGGUCAACAUUUGCAGGUUGAGAAGCAGAAGAGGAGAAGGAAGAGCAAAAAAUGUCAGAACACAAUGCUGAUUUCCCCUCAGAAGCUGGUGGUUAAAGGGAAUAAAAAGCUACUUGCUUCUCAGGACCUUCAGUUCUUCAGACAGAGUAGACCUAAAAAAUCAGAACAGGUCAGAGAGCCUUCAAAAAGCAAUGCAUCUGAGGCGACUAGGCCACCUGAAAGAGAAGGGGCCAACAGAGAUGGCGAUGACUUUUUCCAUUUGACUCGGCCUGACCCAGCUAAUGCAGAAAUCAAUGAUCCAGAGGUGCAGUCAUCUGAAAAACCAGGUGCUGCUGCAGGAAGUCAUACAGUCUAUCUAUCAAAAACCUUCCACCAAAGGGGUCAUGGCUUUCCACAGAUGGAGUGCCAAAAGUCAAUGGUAAUGGAAAGUAAGGAAGAAAUUAAAUCAAAUGAUGUAAAUGAAGAUAGCAAACAUCAUGAUGAUGAUGAUGAUGAUCAGAUGUGUUUGACACAGAUGGAUCCGAUUGACAUGGAGCUAUGCUCACAGUUGGAAUAUGCAAACGACUAUUUUGCAGGGACCCAAAGAGAUACAGUGGACAUGGAAAUUGAUGAGCCAGAAAAUGAAAUGCAUGCAGUUGACUCUCCAAGUGUGGAAAGCUUCAAGAGUGGACAAGCAGAUAACAUCGCAGCAGUUUGUUCUGCGGCAGCAGAAAUUCUGAAAUCCACAUCAUCUAAACCCAAAGAUGAUCACCUAUUCCUUAAGCCAGGAAUGCCCCUGUCUUUAAUAAAAAUCGCUAAACCUUCCACAACUAAAAUAUAUACACCCAGCUCAAGAAGUGCUACCUUGGCACAAGAGCUGGAUAACCCAACAAAAACUCCGAAAGCUGGUUUAAGAAAUAAGGUUUGCCCAAUGUUGCCUCCAAGAAAGCCAAGUGUACCCCCACCUGAAAGUAGACAGCCUGCUCUUCCAAAGCAGCCUGCCUCUAUCGGUUCAUAUAAACAUCCGAGCAGGGAUGUUAGUCGGGUGAAGCGGGCGCCUGUAGAUGUUAGGCCAAUGUCUUCUGUAGUCCAGCAACCUCCCAAGAACAUUUCUUCAAGCCAACAGUAUGACCUGUCUUUCUUGAUCCAGCAAGUUCUGGAAUGGAACCAUGAGAUGUUUGAAAACUUCUCCCAGUUUGGAACCCCAAAUAAUCUGUGUACGUUUCCCUUGAAAGAGGUCCCAGAGAAAUUCAGUUCCUUUGACGAGUACUUUGCCACGUUUUAUCCGUUGCUGAUGGUGAAUACUUUUGAGGAGUUGGUACAGGAGUGGCAGAAGAAUAUGAAAUCUCGAAAGGGGAUUGAGAAGAUGUUGAACCUGAAUGGCAUUGAAUAUCAGAAUAGAGUCAGCUGUGCAAGUUUUUCAGUCCCCCUACAUAAAUCUGAUGUGGACAGGCAGCAGUACCCCAAGGAGGACGACUUGGUCUUUCUGUGGCUACCGCAGCAUGUCCAUGCCUACACGUCCGAGGAGAGAGAAGUGAUGGAACCAGUCGCACACUUUGGCUGUGUCUCUGGAAGUAAUGUUUCUGCAGCAGGCCAAAAUGACUCCAAAGCAAUUCUCUACAUCACCAUUAAAACUCGUGGGAAUGUUUCUGCUGUGCACGACCAGCCAGUGAAGUGCAUGGUGAUUGGAUCUCUGAUCAGCACCUUGCGAGCGUUUAAAGCCCUCUACUCCCUGAGAAACAAUGUGAUGGCCAGAGCAAUCCUUGGACCCCAUGUCUCUUUUUUCAGGCCAGGACAGGAAAAUAAAGUUGCUAAUUUGAGCAUUCUGGAAUACAAUGAUGAACAACAAAAGGCCAUAAACUCUGCAAUAGCCAUGGUCAAGCAGCCUCAAAGGACUCCCAAAAUAUGCCUAAUCCACGGACCACCGGGAACGGGCAAAACAAAAACAAUUGUAGGACUUCUUGAAAGCAUCUUCUCCGAGGAUCAGGAGAAUUCAAUCCCGGUGGAGAACAGGCGUUUAAAGGGCAGGAAGCCCAGGGUUCUUCUUUGUGCACCAUCCAACGCUGCAGUUGACCAUCUUAUGAAGAAGAUUAUUUUGGAUUUUAAGGAGAAAAGCAGGGACCAUAAGAACCCAUUAGGUAACUGUGGGGAUAUUAAUUUGGUACGCCUCGGAAUGGAAAAGGCCAUUUCAAAAGACCUGCUGGGGUUCAGCCUGGAUAAUCAGACUAAAAUCCGAACACAGAGGGGGCAAACUGUACAAGACACAAAUAUUUACAGACGCAAGGAAGAUCUGGAUCAGCAGAUUGACAAUCUGUCACGCCAGUGUGCCAUGCAUCAGAAAGUCCGAGAAAAGUUUCAACAACUGACAGAUGAAAAGUGCAGAUUGCUUAGAGAGAGAGAGCAACUUGGACGACAGCUGAAAGAGACUCGAAGCAGAAAACAAGAAGUCCAAGCCAGAGUCUUGCAGGAUGCCCAUGUUAUCUGCUGCACGCUGAGUACCAGUGGAAGCAUUCUGUUGGAGUCUGCCUUCAGGAGACUGGGGCAUGAUCCGUUCAGUUGUGUCAUAGUGGAUGAGGCAGGGCAGGCCACAGAGAUGGAGACUCUGAUUCCACUGACCUAUCGUUGUCCGGCGUUGGUCCUGGUCGGGGACCCAGAACAGCUGCCGCCCACCGUCAUCUCGCAGAAAGCCAGAGAGAAAAGGUAUGACCAGUCGCUGAUGGCUCGUCUGUGGAAGUGCCUGCACAGAGAAACCAAACAGAACCCAGGGAUUCAGACUCCCAUCAAUUUCCUCAGCACACAGUACAGGAUGCACCCUGAUAUCUGUGAGUUCCCAUCCAAAUACAUCUACAAGAGGGCACUGAAAACCGAUGGCAAUACUGCAGAAAAAAGAUGUGGGACAAGCUGGCCUUUCCAGCCAUACAGGCUCUUCGAUGUUACGGAUGGCUAUGAGACCAAAGCAGGAGAAUCCUUUCACAAUGAUCAGGAGGUGAAGCUUGUGAUGCAGCUGAUUAAACUCAUUGUAGAAAAGCAGAAGGGCCGUGUUGGAGUCAUCACCCACUACAGUGCGCAGAAGCAAAGGAUCAAGGACUGUAUCAACAGAGAAGGCAGUAAACUGUUCCCAUUUGUGGAAGUGGACACUGUGGAUGGUUUUCAGGGCCGUGAAAAAGACUGCAUUAUUGUUUCUUGUGUCAGAGCCAGCAAUACUCAGGGUUCAAUUGGGUUUCUAGGUAAUCGUCAGCGAUUAAAUGUCACAAUUACACGAGCAAAGUGUAGUUUGUUCAUUCUGGGGCAUUUGAAGACGCUGAUGGAUCACAGGGACUGGGGUGCUCUGAUCCAGGAUGCUCACAAAAGAGGUACUAUUAUAAAGACUCGGGAGAAAGACUAUAAAACUGACGCAGUGCAGAUUUUCAAACCCGAGCCUGGGCUGCUACGAAGCUUCUCCUAUCCACCAGUGGAAUCCAGAUUGCCUUCUAAACCUGUAGUAGUGCAGACAAUGGCUACUGCCAGUAAUGACAAGCCUGCUUCUAAGGUCCUGGCACCAACCUUGCCAGCUGCAAACAAUCCUACACAAGUAACAAGGCGGCGAGCUUCAGACACUCAGGGCUCUUUGUUGGCCCAACCCCCUGUUCCAGCAAAGCCUUCUACUUCAGAAAGGCCCAGAGACCCUCGAUUGUCCAGCCGGGCAAAGGAAGAAGCCUCGAAGGAGACGAACCAGCCUUCAAAUAACAAGGCAACUGCCAAAGGCCCCCAGCCUUCUGUAGCAACAACUAGUCAUCCCAGCUCCAGAGUUAGUGGUGCUAAUACCAGUACCAGCAGCUACACAGCUGGAAACACUCCCUCUGCAAGGCUUCCUCCCCCCUCUGCUUAUAAAAAUGACCAGGACUACAGACACCCCUCCAGGAAUGGAGAGGGAAGCAGGUCAGGACCCGAUGACCAUCGGAAAGACACACAGAGUAGCAGUGGCCAACAUAACAGACUCCCUCAGAAAAGACCAUCAAAUGCAAGUUGUACACAUCCGUUGGCAAAGCGCAAAAGUCAGUGACAAUUUAUUUAUUUAUUUAUUUAUUUAUUUUUUUUCUCAAGUCCGUGUUGUGUACAUUGAGAUCUGCCAAUUUCAGUGGGGGGCAAGGAUUACAAACACUUUGGAAGUCUUGAUUUUAGUAAUAAAAAAUAGACUUGGAUGUGCCAUUCUAAUUCCUUAUCGUAUCCUGUAGAUAUCUUUACCUUGACAGCUUCCUGCACAUGCUGUUAAUUACUUUUUUUUAUUUUUUUUUAUUUAAAUAGAACUUGAACUAUAAUUGCGACUGAAUUUUCUUUUGUUUUUAAAAAAUAACCACUUUUUUAAAAUUGUACUACCUCUUCUGUGCACUGACAGCAUUACUGAAAGCUAACUUUGUAUUGAGCACAUCCUGUGUUGACUUUUCUUGUACAUAGCUUUGUCACAUCCCAUUGCUCGACUUGACUAACUUUUUAUAAACUGGAACCUAACUAAUAUUUUACAUGUGUUUUCUGGCCAUUUAGAUAAAGAUGUACAGUCGGUGCUGCUUUCUCGGCACGCCUCGGGAGAAGGGAAAAUAUCCUGAAAAUAAGCAGAUGUCCCAAUUAAAUGAAGCAGUUGAGCUGACCUUUAGUCACACGUCCUGUUUUUAAUUCUUAAUGCAAAGAGUGAAUUCACAUCAGAUCAUGAUUCAAUGUUAAGUACAUCAUUUAAAAUAAGAGUCCAUGAUAUUUUUUUUAUUUAUUUUUUUAUUCCUAAAUACAAUUAAUCGCACCUGCGAUGUUGACACACAAACUUUCUUUGCAACAGCAGCCUGAGAAACCACAGGAGGCUCCUCCUUCAAAAGUUCAACGUGGUUUACACAAGUCGGAGCGUAAUCACGUACUUGCUGCACUGUGCUACGCGACCUGUGUUCAUCAUUUGAAAAUACUGUAUCCCAAUUAAACGAAGUGACGUCCCAAUUAAACAACAUGAAUAGAAUUGGGAAGAACCGUCGCCCAAAUUUGUAUCCAGUUUAAGCAGCAAUCCUGAUUUAGGUGGCAUUGACUACUAAAAAAAACAAAGUAAGAUGGAACUACGUGGGAUGACAAGUAAUUUGUUGAUAACAAAUAUACAGUAAUUUGAUCAAAUUGGAUUAAAAACCCGAGAGCUCCCUUUUCCUCCCCAUAAAACACAUUUAAGUAUUGUGUGUCAAGGGUUGUAUGUAAGCAAGGGUAAUUGUCACCUGUACUUUUUGUAUUAUUGAAGAUUGUAUUUUCCAUGCAUGUAUAUAUUUUGUUUGUUUUGGAUUUUUUUAAUUUUUUUUGGCACUGUUUUCAUAUGUAGCUGUGGUUCCUGCUCUGUUCCUGUAUUCUGUUCCCCUUCCCCUAUACUUUUAUUUUUUUCAUUUUGUUUGUUUUACAUUCACCAGAAACCUGUAAAAAGCUGCUGUGUGUGCUCUACUGCUAAAAGCUAAGGUGUAAAAGGGAAAAUGUAUUGGGUAAAGUAGAUGGGCAGCAGAAAUGCAAAUGCACUGGAAAAAAGAGAGUCUGUCCAUCCUUUUCUGUUUUGGAAUAAAUACAAAUACCUGUGAUUUAGGUACUGUAUGUAAUAUGCUGAAAUUAUACUACUCUUAUUGUAUAGUGUUUUUGCAACAGCUACGUGCCCACAGCUUUGUUUUACCAUGCCCAGUGCUGUGGAACUGAGGCCCAGCCUAGAGUACAGCUGUAUGGAUGGCAGAUAAUCUUCACAAUGUUGCUCUGAAGUGACCAUGUUCAAGCAUCAAUUAAAUUCCUACCAGCGAACCAGGAACUUCACAAAUCUAAUCAAACUGGGCUAAGUUCAGAUCCCAGUCUCAAGAAAGAAGAUCUGGUACUGUUUCGGCAGGGUAAACUUAACAUUGAAGUUUAUUGGCAUGUUAGAAAUGUCUUAUUUUUUUUUUUUUUUUUUAGAAGUGUUGUUUAUUUUGAAAUAUUA